AUGCACAGCCUCAUACUGGUCGAGUCCCAGUCAGCCGCGCUGUUCCCCGGGCCCGUCCGGCUCACCUGGCUGCUCCUCACCGUCUCCCUCACCUGCACAGACAUGGGCUGCAUCCAGAGCAUCGCCUGCAACAAGUCGCGCAUCAAGCGGGAGAACAUCGUGGUGUACGACCUGUCCGCCACCAUCGACCACUGCCCCACUGUCAUCGAGGAGAACUCGCCCAUCGUGCUCCGCUACAAGACGCCCUACUUCAAGGCGUCAGCGCGGGUCGUCAUGCCGCCGAUACCGCGCAACGAGACCUGGGUGGUGGGCUGGAUCCAGGCGUGCACCCAGAUGGAGUUCUACAACACCUACGGGGACGUCGGCAUGUCGAGCUGGGAGCUGCCUCAGCUGCGCGAGGGCCUGGUGAGGGCCAUCAGCGACUCAGACGGCGUGAGCUACCCCUGGUACGGCAACACAACCGAGACUGUCACCAUAGUGGGCCCCACCUCCAAGCCGUCCCGCUUCAUCGUCAGCAUGAACGACAAUUUCUACCCAAGCGUCACCUGGGCCGUGCCGGUCAGCGAAUCCAACACGCCCUUACUGACUAACAUCAAAAGGGACCAGAGCUUUACCACGUGGCUGGUGGCGCUCAACACCACGUCCAGGGAAAAGAUCCUGCUCCACACCAUCAAGUGGAGGAUGAGGGUCGAUAUCACGGUGGAUCCGACCCUGCCCCUGGGCUCCAGGGCCAGACUGGUGGGCCGGGUGCAUCAGGAGCAGCCUCGGGUGCUGACCCGCAUGGAGCCCAUCCCUCUCAACGCGAUGGGGAGGCCCAACGCCAACGACGCCCAGGUUCUGAUGUGGAGGCCGAGGAGAGGGCCUCCGCUUGUCGUCAUACCGCCCAAAUAA